CCCUCGCGGGGGGGGGGGGGGGCGCGGCGCGGCGCGCGAUGUGCGCGGCGGGGCGGCUGCCGGUGCUGCUCCGGCAGUUCGGGCUGCCGAGCACCGCCACCGCCGCGGAGCUCCGGCGGGCCUACCUGCGCGAGGCCAAGAGGUUGCACCCGGACUGCCAGCCCGCGGAGGAGCAG